CCAAUCACAAUCCAACGACAACUUGUUUUUUUCUCAGCGGUGGCCUUCUGCAGCUCAAGUUUGGAAACCAGGGAGUCAAUGGCCACAGCCGCUGGUAAUAACAAACAGUAUUCUGUUUGAGUCUCAAAUUUCAAAAUUUUCAGAUAAAAACAAAAAGCGCCAUUCUUCAGAAAACGAAUAUUAUACUAUUAUCUAUCCUAGUACUUUUCAAAUUUCAGACAUCACCACUUCCAUCCAUUCAAAUUCUGUAUAAGAGAGAGUGCAAUAACACAAUUUUGCAGACAGAGAGAGAGGAAGUGUCUGGAUUGGAUGUGGAAAUGCUACCUUAAUUUCUUCAGACAGAGUAUGUAAUGUCUGUUAGUAGUCACAGCUGAGAGAGAGAGAGAGAGGGAGAGAGAUUUAGUAUUUUGCUCAGAAGAGGUUGUAGAGAGAGAAACAGAGGAUGGGUAUCUGACUCUGUCCACAGGAAGCAGAGUUAAACCAGAGUUGCACCGCCACCGCCACCGCCACUGUCUCGUCAAUAUCACGAUGUCGUUUUUAUCAGAGGAGCCAAAAACAGACACUACCCAACCAUUGAAGAAGAGGUCACCAAGCUGGUCAGACCUCUGGCUAAAGAAUACCAAACCCUUAAAGCAUGUUGUCUUCGCUAUGCAACUUCAGUCUCUAUCUAGCCCCACUCCCAACAAAGGCUCCAAAACCAAAACUCAGUCUCAAACCCCAAUCCCUAAUUUCUCCAAGCUCGACCGUACCCUUCUCUUAAGCGACGAGCUUUUACUCAAAAUCCUCUCUAAACUAACCGAUUCGCAGAGAUACCAUAACUGCCUCGUUUGCAAGCGGUGGCUUAAUCUCCAAGGCCGCCUUGUGCGGUCGUUGAAGGUGUUAGAUUGGGAUUUUAUCGAGUCUGGUCGCUUAAUUGCAAGAUUCCCAAAUCUGACCCAUGUGGAUUUGAUUAACGGUUGUGUCGUUACGCCUCAUAAUUCUUGCAUUUGGUUAAAUCACAGGUUUCUUUCGAUGAAUAUCAAUUCUGAGGUUUAUGGGUUUGUUCCCAAUUGGCGUAUUUGUGAGGAAAAUUUGUUGCCUGUUGAGGUAGUUGAUAGAGGGCUCAAAGCAUUGGCCAGUUCUUGCCCUAAUUUGCGCAAGCUCAUAGUGAUUGGUGCUAGUGAGUUAGGUUUGUUGAGUGUAGCUGAGGAGUGUCCAACUUUGCAAGAAUUGGAGCUGCAUAAGUGCAAUGAUAACGUCUUGCGUGGGAUUGCAGCGUGCGAAAACUUGCAGAUACUAAAACUUGUAGGAAAGGUGGAUGGCCUUUAUACAUCUUUGGUUUCAGAUAUUGGAUUGACUAUUUUGGCUCAAGGGUGCAAGAGGUUAGUGAAGCUUCAGCUUACUGGAUGUGAGGGUAGCUUUGAUGGCAUUAAAGCAAUUGGGCAGUGUUGCCAAAUGCUUGAGGAAUUUACACUUUGUGAUCAUAGGAUGGAUGAUGGGUGGUUGGCUGCACUUUCAUAUUGUGAGAAUUUGAAAACUCUGAGGUUUAUAUCAUGUAAGAAGAUUGAUCUUAAUCCAGGUCCAGAUGAGUAUUUGGGAUCCUGUCCAGCCCUUGAAAAGCUUCAUGUGCAGAAAUGUCAGUUCAGGGACAAAAAUAGCGUGAGAGCUUUGUUUAAGGUGUGCCAAGCUGUAAGGGAAAUUGUUAUUCAGGACUGCUGGGGAUUGGACAAUGACAUGUUUAGCUCAGCAAGUGUUUGCAGGAGGGUAAAGUUACUAUCUUUAGAAGGAUGCUCCUUGCUGACAACACAUGGACUGGAGGCUUUACUUCUUACCUGUAAUGAACUUCAACAUCUUAGAGUAGAGUCCUGUAAGCACAUAAAGGAUUGUGAAGUCUCUGCCGCACUUUCGACCUUAUUCUCUGUUCUUAAAGAGUUCAAAUGGAGACCAGAUACUAAAUCUCUUCUUGUAUCUAGCCUUGAGGAGACUGGUUUGGGAAAGAAAGGUGGUAAAUUUUUCAAGAAGUCAUAAGCCCUGAUGAUUAGCAUCUGCAAUUUGACUAUACCUGCAUGAUCCAGGCUGCUGCUGAAAAUACUGUACGUUCAUAUGGGGAUUAUCUUUUUAUUCAUUCAACAGGCUUUCAUGGACCUUAGGGAGAUCAUUUUCCUUUCAUUUUAUUUGCAUGGAAGAGGAACCUGAUGGAUACAAGCUUGGGGAAAUUUCAGUCCUUCAGCUCCUAUGGCAGCAAAGAAUUGUUCAAUAUAAUUGUACUAUAUACAACAGUUAUAUAUUAAACAUUGAUUAUAGCGAGACUGCAGCUCCUCCGAGUCCAAUUGGAUGGCAAAUUGUUGAAGCAAAGAUCAUCCUUUUCACAUGUUGUAUCUGCCAGUUCAGAUUAUCCCAACUGUCAAAAUAAUAGCUAUAUUUGAUCGACGGCUGGCUGGUUGUAUAGUCCUUCACCUUAUUGCUUUUGAGCACGCUAGAUUUUAUUUUUGCUGGGAAAACAAUCAAAAUGAUUAGAUGUUAUAUAUUGUAAUUGUUUUUGGAGACUAAGGACCUAGUUUUUACGAUGCAGCUGGUUCUGCUGAAUAGUUCGUGAUUUAUGAUC